UUUCACCCUGGAUUGGCUCCCAGGACCCAGGCUCCUCCCUAAACUCAAUCUGCUUGGGACUCUCUUUGCCCUCCCCUAGGAGGGUCAUUCCCCAGGGAGACAGACACCACACAAGUAAGAGAGGGUCCUGCAGCCCUGCCUCCGUUCCCAGGAGACCAAGAACUGAAACUUCUAGAAAGCAUAAGAUAUACUGGGAGACUAGAAUUCUGACUGUCCUGAGACUCCUACCGCCACCUAGGAGUCAGGAGAGCAUCUCUGUAUACAGACCUACACAGAAGGUCUUCCCUCCCCCAGGACAGCAAGGAUGCCACCUAAAACCAGAGCGAAGGGGAGAAAAACCGGAGCACAGAAGAAGAAGAAAAAUCCAAGUCCUGAUGCAGAGGCUGAGGCCAAGCACAAGCUGGUGCUGCUGGAGAAGGAGCUGCUUCAGGACCACUUAGCUCUACAGAGGGAUGAGACCCGCAGAGCCAAAGCUUCUGAAGACAGGCUGAAGCAGAGGCUGCAAGGGCUGGAAGCUGAACUGGAACGGGCCCAAAGCCAAGGGAAGGCCACGUAUGCAGAGAUGAGCCGCCAGCGUCGGGCCCUGCAAGAGGAGUUGAGGACCCGGAGCAAGCAGCUGGAGGAGGAGGCCAGAGGUCUACGGGAGCAGCUGGAAACAUGCCAAAGAGAGGCUAAGGCAGAGAGGGAAGAGGCGGAGCGAGCCCUCCGAGAGCAAGAUGAAAGCCUGGCUCAGCUGCGUGCCCACGUGGCGAACAUGGAGGCCAAGUAUGAGGAAAUCUUGCAUGGCAGCCUGGACUGUCUCUUGGCCAAGCUGAGGGCUGUCAAGCCUCAGUGGGACGCAGCUGUGCUGAGACUCCACACCAGGUACAAGGAGCAACUCCGUCAGUUUGGUCUCAACCCCCUGGAUCUGUGAGGCCAUUGGCCUCUAAUCUCUGAGGCCUAGCAAUAAAGCAACUUGAUGUAGAAUUCAACGGAA